CGAGUUCAUUACAAAAGGGCCCUUUCUAUCUGCUCCGAUUUUCGAAGCCACUCAUACACCACUUUGCUUCCUUUUCUCGGACAUUGUCUACAAGGGUUUUUUAUCUUACCAGCUCAAAGCGCAAAUGGAGUCUUCUGACAACCCCAUGCCCUGGAAGGAAGGCUCAGACGAGCACCGAGGGAAGCGAUUACUUCCACACAUCAUCGAUUAUUAUGCACAUGAAGAGCCCAAUCGUGUCUUCGCAGCGAUUCCACGAUCAGAUGACAUCGCCGAUGGCUUCGUAGACAUCGACAUGCGGAAGAUGGCUGCUGCGGUGAAUCAAGUCGCCUGGUGGAUCGAUGAGAAUUUCCUCCUCACCUUCAACAAGAGCCCGGAAAAGAGGGUCUUGGCCUUUAUAGGUCCUUCCGACCUUCGGUUCUCGAUAUUGCUCAUCGCUGCAAUCAAGUGUGGGAGCAAGGUCAUGUUCAUCUCUCCUCGCAACACAAGUGCGCAAAACAGUGCCCUGCUUCAACAGGCGAAGGUAGAUGUCUUGCUGUAUGCAGACAGUAUGUCUUCGAUGGCUGUGCAGCUGCAAGGACUCUACAGCUCCCUAUCCAUCCUACGCAUGCCAUCUCUUGCACAGUGCCUCGGGUCUCAACCGAAACAUUAUUCAUUCAGCAAAUCUUUCGCGGAGCUUGAGAAUGAGCAUUGUCUAAUUUUGCACUCAUCGGGCUCUACAGGAAUACCGAAGCUAGUGUAUAUGACUCAUGGAACCUUUGCAUGCACGGACAAUGACUCUUUCAUGCCUGUGCCAGAGGGAAGGCGUGCACAAAACGCCGCACAGUUCAAUUUCUCCCCAGCAGGCCGCUACUACAGCUGUUUCCCAUCGUAUCAUUUGGCCGGCGUCCAGGCGUAUAUCCUUCUGCCGUCAUUUGCAAAAACAGCCACGGUUGUUAUGGGCCCGGCAACUCAGCCACCCAGUGGCUAUCUUUUGAAUAGCAUUGUUGAACAGCAGGUGUUACGUGCAAUCUAUGCACCCCCAUCUAUCAUCGAGCAAUGGGCCUUGGAACCGAAUGCAAUGAAGAAGGCCGAAGACUGGGACUUUGUGCUUUACGGCGGCGGCCCACUGGCUCCCGCGAUUGGUCACCGGCUUAAACAUGUCACGGACGUGUGUCAAAUGUACGGUUCCCUUGAGAUUGGCCAGGUGCAGAUGCUGGUGAGUCAAGAAGACUGGGAUUACCUCGAGCCAAAUCCGUACGAGGAGUGCGAUAUGCAGGAAGUUGAGGAAGGUCUGUAUGAGAUGGUCUUUCAUCAAGAAGAGCGAUUCCGGAGUCGUCGAUCUCUCUCGCACAAUUUCCCCGAUGUCAAGACUUGGCGCACCAGAGAUCUCUUCACCCCUCAUCCCACUAAAUCUGGGCUUUGGCGCUUUCAUUCGCGUGUGGAUGAUAUGAUAGUUCUAUCUACCAGUCACAAGUUCUGGCCGAUACCUGUUGAGCAAAUUCUGCACGGACAUCCUCUUGUGGCAGGUGCCGUGCUGGUCGGAAACGGACGGCCGGAACCUGUGCUGAUUAUUGAGCCCAGAACAGAGCUAGAAAGAAAGAAGAUGGGCAUAACAGCACUUUUUGAGGCAAUCUGGCCGGUCAUCAUGGAGGCCAAUCUCGAAGCGCCGACAUACGGAAGAGUUCGCCGCUCCCACGUAAUCUUCACGGAGCCACACCUGGGGCUUUGCCGAACGCCCAAGGGCACUGUCGCUCGGAAGCCUACUGAAAUGCUAUACUCCAGGCAUAUCGAAGCAGUCUUUGAGAAUGGGGGAAUUUUUCAGAUGCGAAAGACGGGCAGCUUUGACUCCUACUUGCUAAACGCAGCCAAGAAUUUUGUCCGGGCACUGAUGCAGGAACUCCUGCCAGACGUUGAGCUUUAUGAUAGCGACAAUAUCUUCCAAACCGGUGGACUAGACUCCUUGAUGGCCGUUGAGCUCGCCCAAAGGAUUCGAGCAGACAUGGCUCAUUUCGGUGCAAAUCAAGACGAUAGUGUCAACUUCUGGCUCCGUCUCAUUAUCACCCAUCCGUCCAUUGAGCUCCUUGCCCAGUCACUUCUGCGUGUGGCUCAGACUCAUAGUUCUGAAAGAGAGCACAAGCUACUAGUCGAUCAGACACAGCAAGUGCACCAUAUUUUACAAGAGCUGCAGGCCGAUUUCCCCAACAAGCAGACUCAGAGGCCAGAUGUUGCGAGACAACCAGGCGGGCCCGCCAUUAUCCUUUUAGGUGCCAGGGGCCGCCUUGGCCCAUACAUUGUUCGAGAUCUGCUCACUGAUCCCCAAAUCAUGAGUAUAAAGUGCCUCAACCGUGGGAAUGACGGCCAACAAGCAUUUCAAAGACGGGCCAAGGAGCUGGGACUCGACCUCGACGUUUUUGAUCCAAGACUCCAAUUCUUGACUGUUGAUAUCUCCCAGCCUGACUUUGGGCUGUCUCCAACGCAGCUGAAUGAGAUUCUGGAUACAGCCACCACAAUAAUUCAUAAUCUCUGGACAGUCAAUUUCGCUCUCCCGUUGGUGUCAUUCAAGCCAGCCAUUCUAAAGAGCGUCCUGACCGUGAUAGACCUCGCCCAUCGUGCGGCCUCUCGGCCGAGGAUCGUUUUUGUCUCCUCGAUAGGAUCCGCGCAACAAUGGGACUCCGCCACCACAGGAUCAUCGAUCGCUACCGUGGUGCCGGAAAGCCCGAUGCAAGGACUUCACGACGCGAUGCAUAUGACCGGGUAUACACAAUCCAAAUACAUAGCUGAAAGCCUCCUACAGGCUGCCGCAAAGCGACUGGACCUCGACAUAUCGAUUCUCCGGCUUGGUCAGGUCGCUGGGCCCAGGUCGAUGGAGGCUGGUGCAGUGUGGAAAAGUCACGACUGGGUGCACUCGCUGGUCGUUCUUUGUAGAGCUAGUAGGAUGGUCCCCAAUGAUUUGGGCCCUGUGGAUUGGAUCCCGGUGGACCAGAUGUCACGGGCGAUCAUUGACAUUGCCCUGCGAAAGACCGUGACCCUCACCGGAAGAGAGUCGCCGGAUGUCUUCAACCUCGUCCAUCCAUCCCCAAUUCCAUUCACCCAGUUUGCUGACGCGAUUCAAGCCUGCAUUGGCCAAGGGCCCAAAUCUCAGCAGGUGUCGUUCCAACAAUGGGUAGAUGGGCUGAUCAAGCUACCGCCGGGGACUCUUUCAGUAAGAGAGGAAAUUGAGAUGGCUCGAAUCCAGCCGUUCUUCUCCUCCCUGAUCGGGAAGCGGCUUCCCACUGUCAAAACUUCCAAGGCCCAAGCAGCCAGUCCGACUCUGGCAUCAAUGGAACAGAUUGAUAGCGAGCUGAUGGUGAAGUGGUGUCAACAUUGGGUCUAAUCUUUCGCCAUGCAGAGAUAGUCGGUAUAAUUGUAUUCCAUCUAGGCAAGAUUCUGGGGCAAAGGCCAGAAGAGAAAACCAUAUAAGCGGCUCAUUGCCAGAAGAUUCCGUUACUUGACCGGAAAUAAUAGAGAAAAUAUGAGCAGAC